CUGCCGGGAGGAAGUUCCCAAGAGUAAACAGCCCGAUGGUCCCGCCCAGCGGGGUCUGUCGCUUUCCACACGGGCCUGAUUUCCAGACAUCUCCCCGGCUUUGCUGAGGAUGAGGGAGAUUCACCCCUGGGGGACGUUCCUGUGGGGCAUUCUCACCUCUGCGGUCCUCCUCCUGGGCUGCUGGGGACUCCCCGAUGUUCAGAAGGGAUUUCUUCAGGCCUUGGAGCCCCGGGAAGUGACUUCUUACUCAGGCCCUGGUGCUACCUUAAAAGGCCCUCCUUCCUCUCGCCUCCGGAGACACGCUGUGGAGGGGAGCGUCCUGCACCUGGAGCUGCUGGUGGCCGUAGGCCCUGAUGUCUACCAGGCUCACCAGGAGGACACGGAGCGGUACGUGCUCACCAACCUCAACAUGGGGUCGGAACUGCUGAGGGACCCAUCCCUGGGGGCUCAGUUCCGAGUGCACCUGGUAAAGAUGAUCAUCCUCACGCAGCCCGAGGAUGCUCCAAACAUCACAACCAACAUCACCUCCUCACUGUUGAGCGUCUGCAAAUGGAGCAGGACGGUCAACCCCCAGGACGACAGGGACCCCGGGCAUGCUGACCUGGUCCUCUACAUCACCAGGUUUGACCUGGAGUUGCCUGAUGGUAACCGGCAGGUUCGGGGAGUCACCCAGCUGGGGGGCGCCUGCUCCUCCUCAUGGAGCUGCCUCAUCACUGAAGACACCGGCUUCGACCUGGGGGUCACCAUUGCCCAUGAGAUUGGACACAGGUAUGUGGCCCCACAAGCUGUCCCCAAGCUCAGGCCAAGGAGCUGACCUGGGCCCCUGGGAGGGGAGGUCGAGGCUGGCAGUGGGCCCUGGACAGGGCCUGUGCUGGAAGGAGCCUGUGCCCUUGACCCCAUAUACAGACUCCUGAACGCAGGACGGGCGCGCUGCGUGUGGGACCCGCCGGGGCCGCAGUCCGGGCCCGCGGGGCGCCCUCCCGAGGCACACCCGGGGCUCUACUACGGCGCGGACGAGCAGUGCCGCGUGGCCUUCGGCCCCUCCGCGGUCGCCUGCACCUUCACCCGGGAGAACCUGGACAUGUGCCAGGCUCUCUCCUGCCACACAGACCCGCUGGACCACAGCAGCUGCAGCCGCCUCCUCAUUCCCCUCCUGGACGGGACAGAGUGCGGCCUGGAGAAGUGGUGCUCCAAGGGUCACUGCCGCUCCCUGGCAGAGCUGACCCCCAUGGGGGCUGUGCACGGGCACUGGUCAGCUUGGGGUCCCCCCAGUCCUUGCUCCCGCUCCUGCGGAGGAGGUGUGGUCACCAGGAGGCGGCAAUGCAACAACCCCAGACCUGCCUUUGGGGGGCGUGCAUGCGUAGGUGCUGACCUCCAGGCCAAGAUGUGCAACACCCAGGCCUGCGAGACGACCCAGCUGGAGUUCAUGUCUGAGCAGUGUGCCGAGACCGAGGGGAAGCCUCUGCACCUCUCCCCCGGCAAUACCUCCUUCUACCGCUGGGGCCCUGCUGUGCAGUACAGUCAAGGGGAUGCUCUGUGCAGACACAUGUGCCGGGCCGUUGGCGAAAGCUUCAUUGUGAGGCGUGGGGACAGUUUCCAGGAUGGGACCCGAUGUGUGCCAAGUGGCCCUCGGGAGGACGGGACCCUAAGCCUAUGCGUGUUGGGCAGCUGCAGGACAUUCGGCUGUGAUGGCCAGAUGGACUCCCAGCAGGUGCCAGAUGUGUGCCAGGUGUGUGGAGGGGACAACAGCACGUGCAGCCCACAGAACGGCUCUUUCAUGGCUGGAAGAGCCAAAGAGUAUGUCACAUUCCUGACGCUCACUCCCAACCUGACCAGUGUCUACAUUGCCAACCACAAGCCUCUCUUCACACACCUGGCAGUGAGGAUCCGAGGGCGCUACGUGGUGGCUGGGAAUUUAAGUAUCUCUCCCAGCACCACCCACCCCUCCCUCCUGGAGGACAGUCGAAUUGAGUACAAAGUGACCCUCACUGAGGACCGGCUGCCCCGCCUGGAGGAGAUCUUCAUCCGGGGACCCACCCAGGAAGACAUAGAGAUCCAGGUGUACAGGCGCUAUGGCGAGGAGUAUGGCAACGUCACCCGCCCAGACAUCACCUUCACCUACUUCCAGCCUAGACUGCGGCAGGCCUGGGUGUGGGCCGCCGUGCGGGGGUCCUGCUCGGUGAGCUGUGGGGCAGGGCUGCGAUGGGUGACCUACAGCUGUCUGGACCAGGCCAGGAGCGAGUGGGUGGAGGCUGCUCAGUGCGGAGGGAGCCCGCAGCCGGCGGCCUGGUCAGAAUCCUGCAGCCCUGGACCCUGCCCCCCAUACUGGGCAGCUGGAGACUUCGGCCCGUGUAGCGCCUCCUGCGGGGGAGGCCUGCGGGAGCGGGCAGUGCGCUGCAUGGAGGCCCAGGGCCACCGUCUGAGGACGUUGCCCCCGGCCCGGUGCCGAGCGCUGGCCCAGAAGCCAGUGGUGGUAGAAACCUGUAACUCCCAGCCCUGCCCCCCCAGGUGGGAGGUGUCAGACGCAUGCUCCUCGGCCUGUGGAGCAGACCUGGCCGUACAGAAUGUCACGUGCGUGCAGGCAACAGAUGGCCCAGAGGCACCAGUGACUGCUGAGCCCUCCUCUACAGACAAGAAACCAACUGCUCUCGAGCCCUGUAUGGAGGUGCUGGACCUCCAGCCUCUGGGGAUGGAGGCUGCAUCCCCAUCAGGCAGUACCAGGCUGGGGGCUCCCGCUGCACACGUGUGGACUCCCCUAGCAGGGCCGUGCUCCGUCUCCUGUGGCAAAGGCCACAUGGAGCUGCGUUUCAUGUGCAUGGACUCUACCCUCAGGACACCUGUCCAGGAAGAGCUGUGUGACCUGGCAAGCAAGCCGGCGAGCCGGCGGGAGGUCUGUCAGGCUGCCCUAUGCCCGGCUUGGUGGGAGACCCGAGCCUUGGCGCCAUGCCCAGUGACCUGCGGAGGGGGACAGGUGCCGUUGGCUGUGCGCUGUGUGAGGUUGGACCGUGGACGCUACAUCUCUUUACCUCACUCCAAGUGCUGGCCAGUGCCCCAGCCCGAACCCCUCGAGGCCUGCAGUCCGGAGCCCUGCCCCGCCAGAUGGCGGUACAAGCUGGCGGCCUGCAGCGUGAGCUGUGGGGGAGGGGUCAUGCGGAGGAUCCUGUAUUGUGCCCGGGCCCAUGGGCAGGACAAAGAGGAGGAGAUCCUGCCGGAUGCCCAGUGCCAGGGGCUCCCUCACCCAGAGCAGCAGGAAGCCUGCAGCCUGGAGCCCUGCCCGCCCAGGUGGAAAGUCACGUCCCUUGGCCCAUGCUCAGCCAGCUGUGGCCUAGGCACCGCCACACGCUCCAUAGCCUGCGUGCAGCUGGACCAGGGCCAGGACGUGGAGGUGGACGGGGCGGCCUGUGUAGCUCUGGUGCGGCCACAGGCCAGCAUCCCCUGCGUCGUUGCAGACUGCACUUACCAGUGGCACGUCAGCGCCUGGACGCCGUGCUCUGUCUCCUGUGGGGAUGGCAUCCAGCGCCGGCAUGACACCUGCCUGGGACCCCAGGCCCGGGGGCCCUUGCCAGCCGACUUCUGCCAGCACUUGCCCAAGCCUGCGACUGUGCGGGGCUGCUGGGCCGGGCCCUGUGCAGGGCAGGGGACACCCAUCCUGGUGCCCCAUGAGGAAGCCACUGCCUCAGGACAGACCACAGCUGGCCCUGCGGCUGCUUCCUCAGAGUGGCCCCAGCCCUGGGCCCGCCUCGUUUCCCCAGUGCCCCAGACUCCGGGGCUCCUACCGGCGCCCUGGGAAAGCCCUGUGGAGUCCAGUCCCUGUGGCGGGCAGCACCUUGAGCCAACAGGAGUCAUUGAUUUGCGUGGCCCGGGGCAGGCUGACUGUGCAGUGGCCAUUGGGCGGCCCCUGGGUGAGGUGGUGAUCCUCCAAGUCCUUGAGAGCUCCCUCAACUGCAGCACGGGGGAGAUGCUGCUGCUUUGGGGCAGGCUCAUGUGGAGGAGGACUUGCAGGAAGCUGUCGGGCAUGACUUUCAGCUCCAAAGCCAACACACUGGUGGUGCGGCAGCGCCGCCUGCAGCCGCGAGGCGGAGUGGUGCUGCGGUUUUCCAGCCGGCCCGCCCCCGGGACCUUCCACAGAGAAUGCGACAUGCAGCUCUUCGGACCCCGGGGUGAAAUUACAAGUCCACUGAUGAGUUCAGAUGGGAGAAAUGUGGGGGGCUGCCGCAUCUUCAUCGACGUGGCUCCGUGGGCCCGUAUCGCCAUCCACGCUCUGGCCACCGACAUGGGCCCUGGAGCUGAGGGAACUGAUGCCAGCUACAUCUUGAUCCGGGACAUCCACAGUCUGAAAACGAUGACAUUCCGCGGGCAGCGAGCGCUCUACUGGGAGUCGGAGGGCAGCCAGGCCGAGAUGGAGCUUAGCCAGGGCUUUCUGGAAACACAGGCCCGCCUGCGGGGCCAGUACUGGACGCUGCAGCCCAGGGCUCGGGGGCUCCGCAGUGCCCUGCCCUAGCUGCCUCUGCGGGCACACCCCGCAGUGCCCUGCCCUAGCUGCCUCUGCGGGCACACCCCGCAGUGCCCUGCCCUAGCUGCCUCUGCGGGCACACCCCGCAGCGGUCCCUGGGGCGCAGCGGGUGGAAGGAGAGCAGGGAAGCUGCCUCUCAGCGCCUGCUCGGCGCCCGGCAGCUCCGGGGUGCUCUCCGCUUCCAACGCCCGCCGAUCUUCACUAUCACCGUUAGCGCCGCCUCCGGCGUUCAGAACGUUAGGGGUGCAAGGGGGGCUCUCUGGAAAGGCAGCCCCAGCCCUUCGGGGAUCAAUAAACGGAACGUGCGGUCUGA